AUGCCGGGAGUGCCGAGAGCGCGGCGCGCGCCGCUGCUGCUCGCCCUCGCCCUCGCCUGCCUGCUGCGCUGCGCGGCGGGGGCGGGCGUGUUCGAGCUGCAGAUCCUCGAGUUUUCAAACUACCGCCUAGAGCUGGCGUCGGGCGCGUGCUGCGGCGGCGGGGGCGGCGGCGGGGGCGGCGGCGGGGGCGCGCGGGGGGCGGGCGCGUGCGCGCAGCCGUGCCGCACGCGCUUCGCGCUGUGCCUGAAGGAGUACCAGUCGGCGGCCGCGCCCGGCGCCUGCUCCUUCGGCCGCGCCGCCUCGCCCGUGCUCGGGACCGACUCCUUCACGCUGGCCGAGCCGCUCUACACGUUGGCGCUUAAUUUCUCCUUUCGCUGGACGAGGUCAUUCACAUUGAUUCUACAAGCUUACGACGACAGUGAAUACACGGAUCCUGAGGCGGGGCUGAUCGAGGAGGCGUGGUGGUCGGGCAUCGUGGAGCCGGGCGCGGAGUGGCACGCGCUGCGGCACGCGGGCGCGGCGGCGGCGCUGGCCUACCGCGUGCGCGUGCUGUGCCUGCCCAACUACUACAACGCCACCUGCACCACCUUCUGCCGCCCGCGCGACGACAAGUUCGGCCACUACGCCUGCUCCGCCGCCGGCGACAAGCAGUGCCUGCCCGGCUGGCAGGGCGACAACUGCGAGAAGCCUGUAUGCAAAGAAGGCUGUCAUCCAAUUCACGGCCGCUGCGAUAACCCUGGUGAAUGCGUAUGUCGACCGGGUUGGCGAGGAGACUUGUGUGCGCAGUGUCAGCCUUACCCCGGCUGCAAGCAUGGGUUUUGUAACGGCUCUCCCUGGGACUGCACCUGCGACACCAACUGGGGAGGCAUACUUUGCGAUCAAGACUUAAACUACUGCGGGACACACGAACCUUGCCAACACGGAGGAACUUGCGAGAAUACAGCCCCCGACCAGUACCUUUGUACGUGCGCUGAAGGUUUUUCUGGAGUGGAUUGCGAGCGAGUGGACAACCCGUGCGCGCCGCAGCCGUGCGCGCACGGCACGUGCUCCCUGUCGAGCGCGCCGCGCGGCUUCGCGUGCGCGUGCGACCCGGGCUGGACGGGCGCGCUGUGCGACGCCGACAUCGACGACUGCGCCUCCGCGCCCUGCCAGCACGCCGCCACGUGCAAGGAUCGCGUCAAUGGUUUUGCGUGCGAAUGUGCAGCGGGAUGGACGGGACCCACCUGUGAUGAAGACGUGGACGAGUGCGCCGAGCCCGGGGCGACGGAGGGCGCGCUGGGCCCGUGUGUGAACGCGGCCGCGUGCAACAACACGGCGGGCGGCUACGCCUGCAGCUGCCUGGCGGGCUGGACGGGCCGCGACUGCGAGACCAACGUGGACGACUGCACGGGCCAGUGCCUGCACGGCGCCACGUGCAUCGACCUCGUGGACGACUUCCACUGCGCGUGCGCCGCGGGCUACGCCGGCCGCACGUGCGCGCGCGACAUCGACGACUGCGCGUCGCGGCCCUGCCGCAACGGCGGCGAGUGCGUCGACCUCCUGGACGCCUACCGAUGCAUCUGCCCUGUUGGCUUUUCUGGCACUGAUUGCGAGGACGACCGGGACCACUGCGCGGAGUCGCCGUGCGCGAACGGCGCCGCGUGCUACACGGCGCAGAGCGACUACUACUGCCACUGCGCGCCCGGCUGGACCGGCAAGAACUGCACGCAGCGCGUCGCCAGGGACCAAAUAAACGAGUGUGCCAGAAACCCUUGCCGAAACAACGGUACGUGUGUUGCUGGACUCGCAGAUUUUACUUGUGUCUGUCCUAGUGGUUGGACAGGUAAAACUUGCACCGUGCGAACGGAGACCGACCGAUGUCCUGAAAACUCGUGUGCGAACGGCGGAACUUGCGUGAGGGAAGCGAACGGGUGGCGCUGCAUCUGCCUGGCCGGCUGGGCGGGCGCGGCGUGCGAGGCGAGCGCGCUGGCGCCGGCGCCGCCGCCGCCCUGUCCCUGCGCGCACGGCGCCUGCGUGGCGGCCGCGGGCGCGCCGGGCUGGGCCUGCGCCUGCCGCGCCGGCUGGACGGGCGCGCGCUGCGACCGCGCGCUGGACGGCUGCGAGUCGGCGCCGUGCCGCAACGGCGCGCGCUGCGUGGGCGGCGCCGGCUGGUGGGCGUGCGAGUGCGCGCCGGGCUGGGCGGGCGACACGUGCGCCGCGCGCGUCGCGCCCGUGGCCGCGUGCUCGCCCGCCUGCCCGCCGCCCGCCGCCUGCGCGCCCAGCGCCGACCGCGGCGCGCGCUGCGUGUGCCCGCCUCCACCGGCGCGUUCCUCUCGAAGAUGUUUAGAACUGGUAGCGGGCCUGGGCGUGGAAGGCUUCCCGGGCGAGGGCGACGGCGAGGGCGAGGGGGAGGGCGCGGGCGCGGCGGGCGGGCCCGACGCCUGCAGCGCCGCCAACGGCACGUGGUGGUGGGGCUGCAACGCGUGCUGGUGCGCCGGCGGCACGCCCGCCUGCACGCGGCUGUGGUGCGGUCUGCCGGACUGCCUCGCCGCCAGCGCGCAGCCGUGCCGGACCGACGAGGUAUGCGUCCCGACGGCCCCGUCGCUGUGCCUGCGGCCGCCGUGCACGCCGCUGGGCGAGUGCCGGCGCGUGGCGGGGCGGCGCGUGGAGCCGCCCGCGCUGCCCGCGCCCGCCUCGUGCUGGCCGUCGUCGCGCGCGCCGCUGCCGCCGGGCUGCGCGCAGGCGUCGCUGCAGCUGGCCCGCGAGCGCCUGGCGCGCGGCGCGCACGUGGAGCGCGCGUGCGUGGCGCUGCGCCGCGCGCUCGCCGCCACGCUCGCCGCCCGCGCGCCGCCCGCCCCGCCUCUGGUGCUGCUCUGCGAUCUCGCCCCGGACGAUGACGAUGCUUUAGAUUUAGCUUUGUGGGCCGGUGACGAUGUCGGCAUCGACGGCGACGCCGACGCCGGCGCGCUCGGGGCGGCCGUGCGCGCGCUGAGCGAGCUGGUGUCGCGGCGGCGCCUGGCGCACCACCCGCUGCUGGGCGCCGCGCUCCGGCUGCGCGUGGCGCCCGCCGCCGCGCCCGCGCCCGCGCCGCCCGCGCCCGCCGCCGCGCCCUCCGCGCCCGCCUCGCUGCUCGCGCUGGCCGCGCUCGCGCCCAUCCUGCUGCUGACCGCGGCGGCGGGCGCGGUGUUCUUCGUCCGACGCCGGCGCGCCGCCGCCGCCGCCGCCGAGCGCUCGCGGCGCUGCGACGAGGAGAAGUCCAACAACCUCCAGAACGAGGAGAACCUGCGGCGGUACGCGAACCCGCUGCGCGAGGAGCCGCGAGCGGGCGUCGGCGCGGGCGGCACGGGCGGGGCGGGGCUGGGCGCGGCGCCGCGGCGGCCGCCGGACGAGCUGCCGCGCGCGCACUCGCUGUACAAGGCGCAGAACGCGGACGCGCGCAACGACACGCCGCCGCGCGACAAGGAGCUGACGAAGCGCGCGCUGCCGCCGCCCGAGCCGCCGCCCGCGCGCCACCCGCCGCCCGAGCGCCUCACCGUCCUCGUCUAGCGCCGCACUCGCUCGUCUCAACACACGACUGCGAAACUGAAAUAACGAUGUUACUCGGGACUUUGAUCGACUCACAAUCAACGUCGAGACGGUUUAAUAUUUUAUUAAAUUAAUUUGCUUUACCUACAUGGUAAAAAUCAUCAUACCUAAGCAAUGAUUAAGUAUUUCUUUAAAUACUUAUUUUAUUCCAAGAUGAAAAUUAUUACAUAAUUACAUGAAGUGAAGUGCUUAAAAAUCACAAUGUUAUUAAAUUGUAGGUUAAGCGAUUGUAACGAUCUGUGUUGUCCGAGGACAGUGCCGUGCCCCGGCGGCGCCUGCGCCGCGUGUGAUACUAGUGCAGUAGGAAGUUACGCGCCAACGGACGCCGCUAUUUAUUCUAUUCUCUAGAACGAUGUGUCCCGUUUUUGUAAAUAUGUAUUUUUGUAAAUAAUGUUAAAGAGUGUAUUUUUGUAUGUUUUAUUGAAAGAUUAUUUUGGGACGUGAUUUUGUACUUUAGUUAUUUGUAAAGGUUGUAAAGUUGAAUAAAAAUGAGAUCGUUUUAAUAAAACGCUGCCAAGUUUA